ACGUCACUUGCGUUGGACCCCCCUCGCUCAGUUGGCACGGCCGGAGGCUGAGUCCGGAGUGAGAACCGGGACAGGUCAGAGCCGGGAGCCGGGAGCGGGCAGACGGAGCCCGGGAGCCGAGACAGCAGAAGUCGGGGGCACGGAGCCAAGCGCACGGAGAGCCCGAGGGCUGAGCAGGGGAGGCCGGAGCCCGGGACGAGACCCGGAGAGCGGAGCGAACUCAGCGGUAACCAUUUGCUGAAUUGAUGGAGCUUUGGUGUCUCAUUGCUGGCCUCAUAGUGUCGGUGGUGGCAGUGCCCAUCGACAGGUCAAAGAAAACAGAUGAGAAGCAGAUCAAACCAGAAUCACCGGACACAGGCUUGUAUUAUGAUCGUUACCUCCGUGAAGUGAUCGAUGUCCUGGAGAAUGACCCCCACUUCCGUGAGAAGUUGCAGACAGCCGAUGUGGAAGAUAUUAAGAGUGGAAAGCUGAGCACGGAGUUGGAUUUUGUCAGUCACCACAUCCGAACCAAGCUGGAUGAGCUGAAGCGGCAGGAGGUGUCCAGACUGCGGAUGCUGAUCAAGGCAAAGAUGGACGCCGAGCAGGGAGAGAAUGUGCAGAUCGAUCACCUAAACCUACUGAAGCAGAUUGAACAUCUGGAUCCGAAGAAUGCCCACACCUUUGAAGCUCGAGACUUGGAGCUGCUGAUCCAAGCGGCCACCAAGGAUCUGGAGCACUAUGACCAAGCCCACCACGAGGAGUUCAAACGGUACGAGAUGUUGAAGGAGCAUGAGAGGCGGGAGUAUCUUAAAUCGCUGGACGAGGAGAAGCGCAAAGCAGAGGAGGCCCGGUUCCAGCAGAUGAAGCAGAAGCACAAGGAACAUCCGAAAGUCAAUGUGCCGGGAAGCCGGGACCAGCUGAAGGAGGUGUGGGAGGAAACGGAUGGCCUCGACCCCAAUGAGUUCAAUCCAAAGACUUUCUUCAAGCUGCAUGAUACUAACAGCGACGGUGUGUUGGAUGAACAAGAGCUUGAAGCUCUGUUUACAAAAGAGCUGGAGAAAGUUUACGAUCCCAAAAACGAGGAGGACGACAUGAUAGAGAUGGAAGAGGAGCGGCUGCGGAUGAGGGAGCACGUGAUGAAUGAGGUUGACACCAACAAAGAUCGGUUGGUCACCCUGGAUGAAUUCCUGAAAUCAACAGAGAAGAAAGAGUUCCUGGAGCCAGAGGAGUGGGAGACACUGGAUGAGACCCAGAUCUACACGGAGGAGGAGCUGCGGCAGUACGAGCGCGAACUCGCUGAGCAGGAGGCUGAGAUUGCCCAGAAGGUGGACCAGCUGAGGAGAGAACACGAGGACCUGCAGCGGAGGCAAAGCGAACUGGACGCCCAGAAGAAAGAAUAUCAACAGGCCCUGCAGCAGAUGGAGCAGAAGAAAUCCCAGCAGAAAGGCAAAGCCCCCCCUUCCGGUCCAGGAGGAGAGCUGAAAUUCCAACCCCCUGACGCACCUGCAGAUGUCCGAGCUCCAGUCAAUGAACCAGCACAGGUACAGCCUGAGGUAGAGAGAGUUGACCAUGCACCUGGGCACCAGGGUAACCAACCACUGCCACCUGGGCACCAGGCUGACCAACCACUGCCGCCUGGGCACCAGGCUGACCAACCACUGCCACCGGAUCACAGAGAAAACCAACCAGCACCAGCUGCUCAUGUUCCGGUGGAGAAGCAACCAGAAGCAGCCGUGGCAUUAUAGUGACCUCAAACUUCCAACUGCCCAUAAAUCAUUAUUGGAGACAGCAGGAUUUAAUCAGGGGUAUUUAUCCUUUUAAAUCUGUGAGCCAGUUAUAUAAAAUAUUUUAUAGUCCAGACCCUGUACCCUUCUUAUGUCCCCAUCUCUCUCGUUUUGAACAUUGCUAUGUUUCCCUUUCCUUCUGACUGGGAGUGUAGUCCCACUCAUUGCCACCCACUGGUCACAGCAGGUUGAGUUGAGAGGAAACUCCUUACUGUGUACUGGGCAAAAGGGCAGCGGUCAAGAUUUUUCCCUCAUUAACUCAAGACUGUAGUGGAGGAGAAGCUGGUGUCCGCGUCCGUGCUAUAGACAAGUGAUCACAAUGAUUCGGUUCUGCUGCAAUGUGUUCAGAUGCAUCCAUGCGACAGCACACUGUGUAAGCAGCUAACGUGCCCCAAUUUUAAUUUUUUUUUCCCACUUACUUUGAAUGGAUCCCUGUGUGUUAAGGUGUUUUAAUGUUUUAGAAUAUUCUGUGAUAUUACAAAAUAAUUUCAAACCUGUGCACACAGCAAUAGAGAAAGAUAUAAAUUAAUGGUGGAAAUUCUGCCAGAGGAGCUUGAGGUUCCUGGCCACGCUGUCUCUGUGGAAGGCAGUGAGGGGUGGAAUGGAGCAUCUGAUUUUUAAAAUAAUGCACUUUUGAAGCAUUUGAAGCAAGGUUGAGAAUUGUGUGUUUUGAUUAAUGAGCAUUUGUGAAAUAAAGGGUGUGACUGGG